CUGCAACAGAUCACGAACGUGCUGUUGCUCCUCGGCCAAUAAAUGCCAGCAGCAUUCCUGCGUCCUCUGGUGAAGUACUUUUUCCGUCGAUCACCUGUUACGAGCCCCCCCCAAACACAUCUGCUAAACCGUCAGACACCCUUUUUCCACUUUACCUCAAACCCAAUUCACGCAACAAUGUCCGGGCGUUUUGUAAAGGUCGCUGGAGUCGGCCUCGUCGCCGGAGCCGGCUACUACCUGUACCAAGCCGGAGGCCAGCCUAAGGUGGCAGAGAAGAAGUUCGAACACGACGCUGCAAAGCUGUCCUCGAAGAUCCGCGGCGAUCUCCCAGGCGCCGAAAAGGAGGCGAAGACUGGCAUCAAGCUCGCAGGCGAGGAAGCCAGUGCUAAAUUCGACUCUGCGGCUGCGCAAUUGAAAGACUCUGCGAACAAGACAGAGAACAAGCUCUCGGCCUAUGCUAAUGAUGCGUCAAAAAAGCUUGAAGACACAAGGAAAGAGGUAGGCAGCACCCUGAUGGCUGGCGUGGACAAGUUCGACAAGACCGUUGAGAAGAAGGCUUCCGAGACCAAGGGCUGGUUGGGCGGUUGGUUCGGCGGUAGCAAGUAAACGUAGCUGUGCAGCAGUUUACCGACAAGCGAAAUGUUCUUUUUUUUUCGGGUUAAGGCAUGAAUCAGCAUACAUGUGAGCUAAGAAGCAAUUACUUAAUCCCUGCUUGAGAUCGCGUAGCGUCAUGUAGGUUGUACAUGAAUUACACAUUUUUCUUUACCUCUCUA